CAAAGAUCUUGAAUCAUCUACUGACAGACUGACAAGAAGUUUAAUUUUCCAAUUUCCAUCUACCUUUUUUAAUGGCCAACCUCCCCUCUUUCCUACUUCCCUUAUUAUCCAUAACUGAAAACUGAAAAAAUUCAGCUACUAGCAUAAUUUUAGAAAGGAGGAAUUCAAUUCUUUAAAAACCCUAAAAAAAAAAAAAAAAAAAAGAAAUUAUAUUCUUUACAUAACUUUAUUCUUCUUCUUCCCCCUUUUUCCCUUCCCAAUAAUUGAAUUUUAAAUUACCAAAAAAAAAAAAAAUCAAUAAAAAUCCCAGGAAAAAAACUACUGUACUCAAUAUUGUUUCUUGAAGCAGCUUGCAAUUAUCAGUUUAUACAGUAUGGAGUAUGGUGAUCUCUUCAGGAUAGCAAAUUGAGUAUCUGGGUGUGAUUUCUCCAGUAAAUGCUACUUGGUAAUCAACAAUUUCUGCUUGGAUUCUUGGAUUUCUCACAUAUUUGCAUGCAUGGGAGCAGUGGUUGUCUUGGAUGCUUUACCAGGCCCCAACUAAUAAUCGCUGUGGAUGAGCCAUCAAAAGGAUUGAAAAUACAAGGCCGAUCCGUAAAGAAAACAAGCCUACCAGACGAUAUUUGGAGCAGCUCAUAUGAAAUGGACAAUAGUGCAGUUCAGUCACAGAGAAGCAUUUCAUCUAUGAGUGCCUCUAAUCAGAACCUUGAUCCCCAUGGGGGUAGUGGAAGCACAAGCAAUCCUUCUGAAUUUGUAAAUAAUGGCCUACUUCUCUGGAACCAAAUGAGGCAGCAGUGGGUUGGUGAUAGAAAGUCUCGUAAUCAGCCAAAAAUGCGUGAACCCAGAUUAAGUUGGAAUGCUACAUACGAGACUCUACUUGGGACAAAUAAGCCUUUUCCUCAACCCAUCCCUCUGCCUGAAAUGGUUGAUUUUCUCGUUGAUGUCUGGGAACAAGAAGGCUUGUAUGAUUGAACAAUAACAAAAUCUUGAAAACUGAUGAUUCUUCCUUUUAGCAACCGCGCGUAUUUUGUAAAGGUUCGGUGCCAGAAGAUGAUUAGUAGCAAAGCUAAAAUGAUCACCUCUAGAGCAUGAUUAAUCCUCAGAACUCAUCUGUUUUCCUACUUCAAGUCGUGAACUUUUCAAAUCUGAUAAAAUUCUAGCUUUGAUUCUUAAUUUCCUGCCAUCAAGUAAAAUUAAUCUGCAUGAUUAGUAGGUAAUCGAUAUCAUUGACUUGAGUCAUCUUUUUUCAUGAUCUAAUGUGCAGAAAAUGAUUGAAUUAGCGAAUUGAUGGAAGUUUGUGGGAAACUAUUUUCCAUCCUUGCAAUUAUAGAGAGACAUGUUUUGCAGAACAUAAAAUUUCAAUUGUAUUGUUUGUAAAGACACAGGACACCUUGUUAUCAUGAAAAAAUAUUCUGUUAAGCGGUUGUUUCAUGCCUAA